AUGUGUAUUUAUACAGAGAGACCAAAAGCUGUAGUGAAGGUGAGUCCAGAUGAGUGUGUGUUCAGAGGAGAGAGAGUCACUCUCACAUGUGACAUACAGGGAGCAGGAGACAUUCAGUGGACAUACAGCUGGUUUAAAGAUGGUUCAGUCAUCAGAGACGUCACUGAGAGACUCUACAGCAUCACAUCUGUGUCUGAUAGAGCUGUAUACAGCUGUAGAGGAGAGAGAUCAGACUCACAGAGAUCAGACACCAGUGCUGCUGUUACACUGACUGUAUCAGAUUUACCCAGAUCUUCACUGACUGUGACUCCAGACAGUCCUGUAUUCACUGGAGAGACAGUCACUCUGAAGUGUGUGAUUGAGUCUGAUUACAGUGACUGGAGAUAUGUGUGGUAUAAAGGUGCAAACAACAGUGUAAUAUCACAGACUUCUGAUCGUUACACUGUAAACAGAGACACUCUCAGUAUUAAAGCACUGAAUGAGUCUGAUCAGGAUCAGUACUGGUGUAGAGGACAGAGAGAUGAGAGACCAAACUCAUCACAGGAGAGUAACCGAAUACAUCUGUCUGCUAAUGGUUCAGGUCAGAUUUCUGUCUUCAGCAUCCUCAGUUUUCUUCUGGCAGCUUGUCCGUAUCUGCUGUCGACAGUCGUGCUGCUGUUCAAAUGUUACAGAGCGAGAGUUACAUCGACUGAAGACCAAAGCCAGUACGCCGUAACAGAGGAAUAAUCUUCAUCCUGAUAUUUCAUCUGUUCUCCAAACCGCAGAGUCACAGGAUGCUGGAGUCUCAGGCUGAAGCUGGAAACACACUGGACACGAGCAGUCCAUCACAAGACUAACAGACAAUGCUCUUAAUGUGUCACGCUUUAAAUACUACUAACAACAAUUAUAAUCUCAGAUUACAUCUGAACAUGUUUUUAUGAUGCUGUAUGCUUUCUGUCAUCUGAAUAAAAGGAGUUUUAGUUUAAUUCUAAAAAUGUCCCUUUGCUGUUAAAUCUUUACUGAAUUUUAAAGUAAAAGUAAUAACUAAAUAGACUAAAUAGAC